AUGGCCUUAAAAAAAGUGGCCCAGCAUUUCGGCAACCUGGUUGAUAUCUCUGCUUACGCUAAUCGACACGCUUUCAUUCAUUUGCCCCAAUGGGUUGUUGAAGAACGCCGAGAACGACGGCGUAUGGACAUUCUUGAGAGGAAAGGUGUUUCUACCCCUUCUGAACCGUAUAUUUGCUCUGUUUGCGGGAGAAAAUGUAAGACACAUUUGGAUUUAAAGAAGCAUUUUAGGCAGUUGCAUGAGAGGGAGAGGCAAAAGAAGCUGAACAGAAUGAGGUCAUUGAAAGGUAAGAAACGACAGCGUUUUAAAGAAAGGUUUAUUGAUGGCAAUGAGAAGUAUAAUGAAGCUGCAAGGACUUUGACUUCGCCGAAAGUUGGGUAUGGAUUAGCCUCCGAGCUUAGGCGAGCUGGGGUGUUUGUGAAAACGGUGGAGGAUAAGCCACAGGAAAAUUUUACCAACAUUCCAAAGCCCCACAGUUAA